GUACACUUCACUGUCUGAAACUCCAGAUCAGAGGACUUCAUAGGGGGAACAAACAUGAAGACGGUCACCAAAACUCUGUUUCUGUGCUUGAUGUUCGCCCUCGCCAGGGCAGCACCACUGCAGGAUUCAGCAACAGAUGCUCUACCUGACCGAUGUGAAGGUAUUGAGUUUGAUGCCAUCUCUCCUGAUGAGAAGGGAAACACUUUCUUCUUCAAAGGUGACCAUCUGUGGAAGGGUUUUAGUGGUCCAGCUCAGCUCUCCAGAGAGUACUUCAAGGACCUGAGUGGUCAUGUUGAUGCUGCUUUUCGUAUGCACAGCACAGACAACCCAGAUGACCACGAUCACAUCUACUUGUUCCUGGACGAUAAAGUGUUCAGCUACUUUAACCAAACUCUGGAGGAAGGCUAUCCUAAACAGAUUCAGGAGGAUUUUCCUGGAGUUCCCACUCAUCUGGAUGCUGCUGUGGAGUGUCCGAAAGGAGAGUGUAAGGCUGAUUCAGUUCUGUUCUUCAAAGAGCAAAAUGUGCAUAUUUAUGACAUUAACACAAAGGCAGUAAAGACCAAGACGUGGUCCCACCUACCUGGCUGCACCUCCGUUUUUCGCUGGUUGGAGCACUACUACUGCUUCCACGGACACAACUUCACCCGCUUCAAUCCAGUAUCAGGAGAGGUGACUGGCAACUACCCCAAAGAUGCUCGCAACUACUUCAUGCGCUGCGCUGACUUUGGUCAUGGAAGUGCUUAUAAAGUCCUUAAAUGCAGUGAUGUCAAACUCGAUGCCGUCACCACAGAUGAUGCAGGCAGAACGUAUGCCUUUGCAGGUCCUAUCUACAUGCGUCUGGACACCCACCGUGAUGGCCUUCAUGCUUUUCCAAUUACUAAGGCAUGGAAAGAAGUGACCAAUGGGGUGGAUGCUGUCUUCUCCUACAGUGACAAAAUCUACAUAAUUAAAGGCGAUCAGCUUUACAUCUACAAAGCAGAUGCUCACUUCACUUUGAUUGAAGGCUAUCCUAAAACCGUUAAAGAGGAGCUGGGCUUUGAAGGACAUGUGGAUGCUGCUUUUGUGUGUCCAAAUGAGCACACGGCUCAUAUAAUUCAGGGACAAACGAUGCGUGACGUCGACCUCACCAGCACACCUAGAGUCGUCACGCAAGAUCUGCCGUUGCCCUUGUCCGAUAUUGAUGCUGCUCUAUGCGGUUCAGAUGGUAUUAAACUAUUUAAGGGCUCUCAGUACUACUACUAUGAAAGCCCUAGGACACUGGGUGUGUCCAGGAUUGCUCCAAGGCCUCAGAAGGUCACCUCAGCGAUGAUAGGAUGUGAGGAUUAGGAUUUAGGUAAAACCUUUCACAGAAAGAUAUAAACAAUGACACAUGAAGAUCAUUAAUCAUGUCUAUACAUGAUUUUGUAAAAAACUUUUCAUACUGUUGAGUUUGACUUUUGUUUGAAUAAAAAGGAGAAAGGAAAACUG